CUUUCAGCGUAAAUUCAAUAAAAAUAUCAUUUAUUCAUUAUGUAUACGAAAAUAUUUCGUGCUGUGAUAAUCGGCGCUCCCGGAUCGGGAAAAGGCACCAUCUCGGAUCGUAUUGUGAAGACGUUCGGGUUUCUCCACAUUUCCUCGGGGGACAUUCUGCGCCAGAAUAUCAUCAAAAAUACCGACCUGGGCAAGAAGGCGCAACAGUACAUUGCCUCCGGUCAGCUGGUACCAGAUGAUAUUAUGACCAAGACAAUGAUCGCCCGCAUCACCGAGGUGGGCAACAAAUCCUACAUUUUGGAUGGCUUUCCCCGUAAUAGUGCCCAAGCCGAUAUUUUGGCGGCACGUGAACAAAUUGAUGCCGUUAUCAACUUGGACAUUCCACAUGAUGUGAUCAUUGAGCGUGUCAAGCAUCGUUGGAUACACGCCCCAUCCGGACGUGUCUACAAUAUAGGCUUCAACGAUCCGAAGGUGGCGGGCAAGGAUGAUAUAACUGGCGAGCCACUGACUCAACGCGAGGACGACAAACCGGAGGUGGUGUCCAARCGUUUGMAACUCUACGAUGAACUAAUGGGUCCCGUGCUGGCCUGGUAUGCUSAACGUGGUCUGGUAACCAGUUUCAAGGGUCGCGAAACUAAGGAGAUUUGGCCACGCGUCGAACGUUUUCUCAAGGACAAAGUCAACAUGGGUUAAGAGGAGUAGGGUAUUAUGGCAACAACGAAACAAACACUUCAAUUAAGUGCACAAAUUUUAUUCAAUAUUGAUAGGCAGCUGUUGCUAAGAUGUGUUCAAUUAAGGUCUAACAUAUAUAUUAGAUUUAUAUAUAUGUUGUGCGCGAUAGAGUAGGGCUAGUAGAAGGGGGUUUACGGUUCAUUGAAACUAAUCAAAUGUAAUUGCGAAGCCUUACAACGUAAAAACGAAUCAAAA